AUGCAUGGUGUGUCGUCAUUUUACAUCGACUCUCAACAAAUGGCACCUCUCCCAGCUGACAGAAUUAUACCUGCAUCUCCAUUCAUAAACAUUGGAUUGGACUUUGCUGAACCUUUGUAUCUUAAAAACCGUGGUGAAAAGGCAUAUAUUUGCCUGUUCACUUGCACAGUCACUCGUGCAGUCACACUUUGUAAGCAACAUGACAACCGAACGGUUUUUGCUGGCGUUACGACAAAAACGUUCGAAUGUGCGGAAAAAAGUUGCAGAGGUGUUGGCAAAUCAUCCGAAGAAACCCGUACAUCCGAAGAAACCCGUACAUCCGAAGAAACCCGUACAGCUUUGUCGGAGAAGAAUUUUCCGUGA